UAUUUAUUGUGUAAUUCCCCACUUUUUCUCCAAAAGUCAUCUGUUUUAAGAGGGAUUAAGGGGGACAGCACUAAAAUCGGAAUCUAAAUAAGGGAUAUCCCUGAAAAGGACAAUUGAGAUCAGAUGUAUGAAAGGCCCCAAAUCAGGAACAGAUUUUAAACAUCGCUCUUAGAAAAAAUGAUAAAAUAAGAAUUGUUACAUUAUCAUGCAUUUUCUGAAAGCUUUGAAGUCUAAAACUAAAACAUCUGCCAUUAUUUAGAGAUUUCAAUCAGCAAUGGUUUGCAAGAAAAACAUCUUUUACGAGGAACACACCAAAAAUACAAAGCAAAAAUAUGAAGGUUCUGUGAAAUUCUGGACUGUUGGGAAGAAAGAUCUAAAUCCGGCUUGGGAGGCGGGUUAUUGGGUCACACGUAGAGCAGUUAAGUAAUAAUUCCCUGGAAUAGCAAGUAACAAUUCAAGUUUCUUAAAAGCCAAUCUAUUCAUGGAAUCUUGUUUCCCAAAGCGUUUAUUUGCUGAAUUGUCAAAAAAAGACAUUUGCUAAGCAAAAACCCUUCCAUCUGUGCCCGAGGCACACUGCCAGUGAUUUGUACGAAAGACGAAGGAGCAAACAAACCCACUGUAGCAGUAGUAGUAGUAGUAAAUAGUAGCAGCUGCAGCUGAUUUCUGUUUGCACGUUGUUUUUGCUCUAAACCAUCGGACUACAUAGUACUGUGGGCUGUGGCAGCUUCCAACUUUCUCACUUUAUUCAGAAUUCACGCGCACAUUACACUCACAAUUCGCUUGCUGUGGGAUAGAAUAGUAUGUACGAGGCUGCGGGAACGACAAAACCUGAAACUUUAAAGCCUUUUCUUGGAGAUGGUCGUAAAAAGGAUGUUGUCGUCCCGAGAAGGACGGGUGCGAAACUAUGUGGAACCAACUAUCCUUUAAGUAUAGCCUUCAUUGUGGUGAAUGAGUUUUGUGAACGUUUUUCCUACUAUGGCAUGAAAGCUGUGCUAACUUUGUAUUUCAUAUACUUCCUUCAUUGGGAUGAGGAUCUCUCCACUUCCAUCUACCAUGCCUUCUCGGGUUUGUGUUACUUUACACCAAUCUUUGGUGCCCUCAUUGCUGACUCAUGGUUAGGGAAAUUCAAGACAAUCAUUUACCUCUCUAUCAUUUAUAUUAUUGGACAUGCAGUGAAAUCAGUUGGUGCCAUACCUACAGUAGGAGGUCAGACUACUCAUGCGGUCCUGUCAAUGAUUGGCCUUUUCCUUAUAGCCUUAGGAACUGGAGGGAUAAAGCCAUGUGUGGCUGCCUUUGGUGGUGACCAGUUUGAAGAACGCCAUGGUAAAGAGAGAGCCAAGUUCUUCUCCAUUUUCUACUUGGCCAUUAAUGCAGGAAGUCUGUUAUCAACAUUUGUGACCCCAAUAUUGAGAGCUGAUGUGCAGUGUUUUGGUGGUGACUGCUUUGCUUUAGCAUUUGGUGUUCCUGCACUGCUAAUGGUAAUAGCACUGGCUGUGUUUAUUGGAGGAAGUACAAUGUACAACAGAAGUCCACCACAAGGAAACAUCAUAGGAAAAGUCUGCAAAUGUAUUGGGUUUGCAAUAAAGAAUCGAUGGCGGCAUCGUUCAAGCCAGCAUCCAAAGAGGGAGCACUGGCUUGACUGGGCAAGAGAACAAUAUCCGAAACAGCUUAUUAAAGAAAUUAAGAUGGUAACACGAGUUCUGUUCCUGUUCAUUCCAUUGCCAAUGUUCUGGGCUCUCUUUGAUCAACAGGGAUCCCGAUGGACAUUACAAGCUACCAGGAUGAAUGCUGAUUUUGGUGCAUUUUCAAUUCAGCCUGAUCAUGUACAGUCUUUGAAUCCCCUCUUAAUUCUUAUCUUCAUCCCAAUAUUUGACCUUGUCAUUUAUCCUAUGAUAAAUCUUUGUGUUAAUUUCACUCCUCUUAAGAAAAUAACAACUGGAAUGAUCCUUGCAGCUUCAGCAUUUGCAGUAGCAUCUGUGGUAGAAGUUCACGUAAAUAAGACAAUGCUGAAAGUUCCUGACACACAUGAAAGUCUGAUCCAGAUUAUAAACUUGGCAGACAAAGACAUCAGUGUUGCACUUCAAGGCAAGACUAAUAUAUUCCCUAACCCCAUUGGUGCCUUUGAGGAUCCAAAUGAAUAUGGGAAAAUAAAUCUACAUUCAGAAAAAGAACAGUUUCAGUUUGCCUUAAGAACAACUGAUAUGACUUCUUUCUGCAAUCAAACUCUCAGGGAAAAAGAAGCGUACAGUUUGUUAGUGUACAAAGCCUCAUCUUGGAUACAAUGUCAAAUGAUUAAAGAUCAAACAGAGAAGCCAGCCAAAGGAAGGGUAUCUGUAAGAUUUGUAAACACACUGGAGAAAAAUGUCAGUGAUAUCACUAUAGCAGAACAAAACUUUGGGAACAUAACUGGGACCUAUGGAGUUUCAGAAUACAAAACAGUGACCAGAGCAAAGCACACUGCAAAAUUCUUCAUGGAAGGAACUCGGCAUCAGAUGGAUUUGGGAUUAUUAGACUUUGGAGCAGUAUAUACAGUUUUUAUAACUGAGGAUUCCAUUAACAGUGUGGCUAAAAAAACAGAAGAUAUCCCUGCCAAUAGCAUCCAUAUAGCUUGGCAAAUUCCACAAUAUAUCUUAAUAUCAGCUGGUGAAGUUAUGUUCUCAGUAACUGGUUUGGAAUUCUCCUACUCUCAGGCUCCUGCCAGUAUGAAGUCAGUUCUUCAGGGUGGUUGGCUGUUGACUGUUGCAUUUGGAAAUCUGAUUGUGCUCAUCAUAGCACAGGCUUCAGUGCUGGAACAGUGGGCAGAAUUUGUUCUGUUUGCUGUCCUACUUGUUGCUGUGAGUGCCAUCUUUGCUAUCAUGGGAUAUUUCUAUAUAUAUGUGGAUCCAUCAGAAGUGGAAGAAGAAGAUGAAAACAAGAAAGAGGGAAAAGAAGAGGAGGCAAAGUUAGAAAAAGAAAAUGGAUUACCCGGUUAUGAAUCUGUUAUUCUAAAUGAAAUUAAAAAGAGCAGACUUUAGAUUUAAGUGACUUCAGUUAUUAUGUAAGGUAUUGCCAGCUAUGCCAGGAGAAGUAGG